AUGUUAAUACUUCGACAAUUAAUAUUUCGUCGUUCAUUAGUUACACUAAAUCUACAAUGUCGUUCUUGUCUAUUUCGUUUAGUAACAUUUAAAAAACAACAAUAUCCUAUUCAAUUAUCAUCCAAAUUUGUUCUACCCCGUACAGAAUAUUCUUUUCAAUGUAAAUCAUUUUCAUCAAUAUCAUCUGAUCAACAAAAAAUUGAUCGUAUAUGGACAAUACCAAAUAUUCUUACAUUUGCUCGUAUUGGUACAUCACCAAUACUUGGUUAUUUAAUUAUAAAUCAUCAUUAUACAAUGUCAUUAUCACUUUUUAUAAUAUCAGGUUUAACUGAUUUAAUUGAUGGAUGGAUUGCACGUCGUUAUCCAUCACAAUCAUCUGCAUUAGGUUCAUUUCUUGAUCCAUUUGCUGAUAAAAUGCUUGUUGGUUUUGUUGUUAUAUCACUUGCUUAUGUUAAUCUUAUACCUUUAUGGCUUCUUGCUUUAAUAUUAAGUCGUGAUAUUGCAAUAAUGUGUGUUGCAGGUUAUCUUCGUAUUAAAUCUGUUCCACCACCAAGAACAUUAAAAAAAAUCUUAAAUAUGAAAAAUGCUACUGUACAACUUUAUCCAACAUUUGUUAGUAAAGUUAACACAGGUGUUCAAAUUGGUCUGUUGGCAUUAUGUAUGGCAGCACCAAUUUUCGAUUAUCAUAAUACUGGUUGGAUGUCAGUUAUAUAUACAUUGUCUGCACUUUCAACAGGUGUAUCAUGGCUUUCCUAUGUUGGUAAAAGUGGUCGAUCAACAUUUAAAAUGCUUUCACAACAAACAAAACCUCCUCAUUCUUCUUCUUUAUAA